CUGGCCAACUACUGCUUUGACCUGCGCUUCCAGAGGCCGAAGGUGGAGCAGAUCAAGGGCGCUAUGAUGUCCCUCGCUUUCAAGGAGGGAAUCAAGAUCCCGCCCCCAGCUCUGAAUGAAAUCAUCUUGGCCUCCAAUCAGGAUGUCCGACAGGUGAUCCACAACCUGAGCAUGUGGUCAGCCAGAGACAAGGUGAUGACGUACGACCAGUGCAAGUCGGACGCAGCGAGAGCCCGCAAGGACAUGAAGAUGGGGCCGUUUGACGUCUGUCGGAAGGUGUUUGCCGCGGGGGAGGAGACUGCCCACAUGAGCCUCAUCGACAAGUCGGAUCUCUUCUUUCACGACUACUCGCUCGCUCCGCUCUUCGUCCAAGAGAACUACCUGCACGUUCGGCCCAAAGCUGCCGGUGGCGAUCUGAAGUCUCACCUGGUGUUGCUCAGUAAGACGGCUGACUCCAUCUCAGACGGAGACCUGGUGGACAGACGGAUCCGCUCUGCGCAGAACUGGUCCCUGUUGCCCACCCAGGCCGUCUAUGCCAGCGUGCUACCAGGUGAGCUCAUGAGAGGCUACAUGAGUCAGUUCCCCACCUUCCCCAGCUGGCUCGGCAAGUACUCGUCCACCAGUAAACAUUCCCGCAUCGUCCAGGAGCUGUCCUCGCACAUGGGUCUCAAGACGCUGAGCAGCAGACAGGCGGUGAAUCUGGACUACCUGCACUACCUGCGGCAGGCGCUGCUGAGCCCACUUCAGAAGAAAGGAGCAGAUGGCGCCAGUGAGGCCGUGCAGCUGCUGGACGACUACCAGCUCAUCAGAGAGGACGUGGACAGCAUCAUGGAGAUCAGCGUGUGGGGCGGACAAGCUGAUCCCUACUCCAAACUGGACCCCAAGGUGAAAGCAGCAUUCACACGAGCCUACAACAAAGAGGUCCACCUCACACCGUACUCCCUGCAAGUAGUGAAGAAAGGUCGUGGUGGUGGUGGCGGCGGCGGCGGGGGGAGAGUCAGAGUUUGGAGGAGACAACGGGGACAACGAGGUGCAGGAGUCUGAGGACGAGGGGGAGGGCGUCAAACUGGACGCCAUGAUCAAACAGAAGAAGGCUAAAGCUACCAAGGUGACAAAGAAGGAGACGAAAAAUGAUGAUUCUGGGAAGGGCAAAGGCAAGGGGAAAGGCAAGGCAAAGAAAUAACAAGACGACCAGAGGAGGAAAGCUAACUGUCCCUGUCUGCCUUCUUCUACCCUCACAGACUGUCUUUUUUUUUUUUUUUUUCUUUCUCUGUGCUUACAACGAUCCUUUAGCGAGCGUCACAGAUGAGUGAGUCUGGUCUAAAAUACUGCAGGUAACUGAUCCAAGCACUUAAACCUCCACAAACUGCUGAGAAACGUCUUUUGAAACCUCCGGUCAUGUUUCCAUCGGAGCGUCUCUAGACUGAACAAAUGAUUCAUACUAUCUGCUUUGUGACCUCCACUAUCAUGUCCACACACUCCUGCAGUAACACCAGUCUCCACAGGAAUGACCUGCGUUUGUUCCAUCAUCAGAUUGUAAAUAAUGGGACUGAUGUCAAAGACUGUUACCUUUUUGCUACAACGACUACACAGAAAUGCUUUAGAUCUCUAUCGGUUAGCACUGAUGUUCCUGUAUAUUGCAAUUUUGUAUAAAUGGUCAUGAGGAGUAAACGAACGUGUUUGGCUCAUGAGUUUCUUUGAUUUUUGAGCCUCUGUGACCUUCAUAAAUGAGACCCCUGAUCUUAACCAGCACACUCACACUCACCACACUGGAGAUGCCUCAAAGUGUUCAAAUACAAAACUCUCUGACCCCCUCAGAAAAGUCCUGCACAUCCUUCAGUGGAAGUGAGUGCCCCCCC